GAAAACAUCACAACGACAGCGAGCACAAUUGUUUGUUGUUGUGCUGAUAAAAUUUAGUAAGCGAGAAGAAUAAAGACGCGUUAGUCACCACGCCUUUGCGGUCGCGUAAAUAUCUAGGGCUUGAGUGCAGCAAUACUCACAUAAUGCCGAUAUUAUAUAGUGUUAUAGCUCGUGGCACUACGGUGCUGGCAAAGUUCGCCGAAUGUGUGGGAAAUUUUGCAGAAGUAACUGAACAAAUUAUGGGUAGAAUAGGUGUGCAUAAUCAUAAAAUGACCUAUACACACGGCGAUUAUUUGAUACAUUAUACUUGCGAAAAUAAGAUAAUUUAUAUGUGCAUAACUGACAAUGAAUUUGAACGCUCGCGCGCUUUCCUCUUCUUGGCGGACAUCAAGCAGAAAUUUAUUCAUACAUAUGGCCUACAGGUUGCCACUGCAAUUGCCUAUGCCAUGAAUACGGAGUUCUCGAAAGUUUUGUCCCAGCAAAUGGUCUACUUUAGUCAAUCGCGAGAAGUAGAUACCAUAUCGCGAGUUCAUGGCCAAAUUGAUGAACUUAAAGAUAUUAUGAUUAAGAAUAUAGAUAGUCUGCGCGAUCGCGGCGAGAAACUGGAACUGUUGGUCAAUAAAACAGAGAACUUAAGCAAUAACUCAGUUGCAUUCCGUAAGGCUUCGCGUAACUUGGCGCGUCAAAUGUUUUGGAAGAACAUUCGGAUCUAUGUUGUCGUCGGCCUAGUAAUCAUAUUUGUUAUCUACGUAAUUGUAAGCAUGGCAUGCGGCGGCCUCGCUUGGCAGUCGUGCAUUCAAUAAUAAUUUGGCAGUGCA